UACGUCACCAACGCUUUCAUAGGAACUAACCUCAGCCUUAUCUUAUUCCGAACUGGCAGUGGAUUUCUAGAGGGGUGUAUACCGGAGAACGACUUAGAAAGCUUUGCCUUUAACAUGAGCUAUUGGGACUAGGACAGUACUGUAACGAAUGAGUCUGAACCCGGAUUCCACUCUGAAAGGAAAACCAGUGACCAAGCACAUCUUUCCAAGGGUGCCUGGGGCUUCUGGGAUAUAGCCACGGUCCUGACAAGAUGUCUGGGACCUACACUCCAACUGCAGGUGGUCCUUUCUCUGCACUGACCCCAAGUAUGUGGCCCCAAGACAUCCUUGCCAAGUAUGCUCAGAAAGAAGAAUCAGUAGAACAGCCUGAAUUUCGAUACGAUGAGUUUGGCUUCCGAGUUGACAAAGAAGAUGGUGCUGAACCCAAUUCUAGUAAACUGCUCAGUGUUCCACUAAGUGAGGACCCACAACAACGGCUGAGGUGGCAGGCCCACCUUGAGUUUACACAUAACCAUGAUGUUGGUGAUCUAACCUGGGACAAAAUUGAUGCAGUAUUACCAAGGUCUGACAAAUUACGGUCACUUGUACUUGCUGGAAUCCCGCACAGCAUGAGGCCUCAGAUUUGGAUGCGCUUGUCUGGUGCCCUUCAGAAAAAAAGGAAUUCUGAGAUGUCGUACAGAGAAAUUGUUAAAAACAGCUCCAAUGAUGAGAGUAUCGCUGCCAAGCAGAUUGAAAAGGAUUUGCUACGCACUAUGCCCAGCAAUGCUUGCUUUUCAAAUAUGAAUAGUAUUGGCGUGCCAAGGCUACGACGAAUUCUGAAGGCAUUAGCAUGGUUUUACCCAGAUAUUGGCUACUGUCAAGGCACUGGAAUGGUAGUGGCUUGCCUGUUACUCUUUCUGGAGGAAGAGGAUGCCUUUUGGAUGAUGAGUGCCAUCGUAGAAGACUUGGUGCCAGCCUCUUAUUUUAGUACUACAUUGAUUGGGGUCCAAACAGAUCAGCGAGUUCUGAGGCACCUCAUUGUACAGUACCUGCCACAGCUGGACAAACUGCUUCAGGAACAUGACAUUGAGCUCUCAUUGAUCACUUUGCACUGGUUUCUGACUGCUUUUGCCAGCGUGGUUCAUAUAAAGCUUCUCCUCAGAGUAUGGGACCUUUUUUUCUACCAGGCUUCGGUAGUGCUUUUCCAGAUGACUCUGGGGAUGCUUAAAAUGAAGGAAGAAGAACUGAUCCAGUCAGAGAAUUCUGCCUCCAUCUUUAACACACUGUCUGACAUCCCAUCGCAGAUCGAAGAUGCAGAUGUUCUGCUACAGGAAUCAAUGAAAAUUGCAGGCUCCCUGACAGAUGUCAUGAUUGAGGCACAGAGAAGGAAACACCUGGCGUACCUGAUGACUGAUCAAGGACAGCUUCUUAACACAAGCAGCACAGUUAAUUUGUCAAAGAUUGUGAGGCGACAGAGCCUGAGAAGGAAGUCUGGUAUCACCUCCCUUCUGUUUGGUGAUGAUGAUGCUGAGGCCUUAAAAGCAAAGAAUAUCAAACAGACAGAAGUGAUUGCUGAUCUCAGAGAAGCUAUUUUACAAGUUGCCAGACACUUCCAGUGCACUGACCCGAAGAACUGCAGCAUUGAACUGACUCCAGAUUAUUCCAUGGAGAGUCAUCAGAAGGACCAUGAAAACUAUGUAGCAGUUUCGCGAACUAGAAGGCGACGUGCAAAGGCACUACUAGAUUUCGAACGACAUGAUGAUGAUGAGCUGGGAUUCCGCAAAAAUGAUAUCAUCAUAAUCAUCUCCCAGAAAGAUGAACACUGCUGGGUUGGAGAACUAAACGGACUCAGAGGUUGGUUUCCUGCAAAAUUUGUGGAAAUCUUAGAUGAACGGAGUAAAGAAUAUUGUGUUGCUGGUGAUGACUCUGUGACCGAGGCUAUCACAGACCUAGUUCGAGGAACGCUGUGUCCGGCGAUGAAAGCAAUUUUUGAACAUGGCUUGAAGAAACCCUCUCUCCUUGGAGGACCCUGCCACCCUUGGCUUUUCAUAGAAGAGGCUGCGGGCAAGGAGGUAGAGCGAGACUUCAACUCUGUUUACUCUCGUCUGGUUCUUUGUAAAACGUAUAGGUUAGAUGAAGAUGGAAAAGUGCUAACUCCAGAAGAACUACUUUAUCGGGCAGUCCAGUCAGUGAAUAUGAGCCAUGAUGCUGCACAUGCUCAGAUGGAUGUAAAGUUUCGUUCCUUGGUUUGUGUAGGAUUAAAUGAGCAAGUGCUUCACUUAUGGCUUGAAGUGCUGUGUUCCAGUCUGCAAACAGUGGAAAAGUGGUAUCAUCCUUGGUCCUUUCUACGGAGUCCUGGCUGGGUGCAGAUUAAAUGUGAACUCAGAGUCCUCUCCAAGUUUGCCUUCAGUUUAUCACAGGACUGGGAAUUACCUGCAAAGAAAGAGAAUGCAGCUGAUAUGAAGCCAGGAGUGGUUGACAUGCUGGUUAAGCAUCACCUGUUCAGUUGGGAACUGUAGCCUCUCCCAGCAUUACUGUGGACUGAUUCAGAAUGGAAAAGGAAAAAAAGCCUUUGAAAGAUGGUGUUCAAGACAUGUUGGUGAAGCAUCAUUUAUUCAGCUGGGACAUUGAUGGGUAAAUGGUGCAACAUCAUAACCAGUGUUCCGUAAGUCACUUGGGGGAAAAAUGGAAUUUUGCCACACUGCAUUACUAAUUACACUGACUGUGUCAUUUCAUAGUACACACGUGAAGCUGGUGGCAAUAAACUUUAAAAACAGGGUCUUCUUUUUACGAGACUGUUUGAGACAGGUGAACUGAAGGUCCAUGCUGAUCUAGAAAAAAAUAAUCUGUUGAGCCGUCUGUAGAAGUUGAGGCCUCCAUAACUCAGCAGACUGAUCACUGUCUUUACUGCCCUGUAUUUCGGAAAGGGUGCCAUUUCAGAUUUUUUUUUGUUCCAUUGUUGUGGGGAGAGGCUUCCCUACCACUCUACCAUACUGUCCCUUUCUUGGACUCAGUAAAACAUAAGAUAAUCAGUACAGAACACUCCUAUGCCAAAGAAGUAACUUCAGAUGAAGAAGAAAAAAUAAGAAUGCAUCAAAGUCAGUGAAAUAUGAUUGCUAACAUUUCCAAACUUUUACAGAACAGUUCAUGUCAUGGUUUAGUGUUUACUGUAAUAAAGCACUUUGUUCUGA